AUAACUCACAACAUUAAACAAAAAAACAAAGAAUAAAAUAAGACCUAAUUACUUAGCUAUCAAAUAGAAACAAUGGCUCCAGGUUUGGAAGAGCAGCAAAAUCAGCAAACUAGCCACACUGAUAUCAAACAGAGUCUAGCUAUUUACAAGGAUAUUCUUGAAAAUAAGGAACCUGAACAAACAGUGGAUCAUGAGCAGCAAAACCAAGCCGCCGGGCACCAAGAAAUCGGACAUAAGAGUCUCUUACAGAGUGAUGCUCUUUACCAGUAUAUACUUGAAACUAGUGUUUAUCCCGGGGAGCCUGAAGCAAUGAAAGAACUGCGAGAAUUAACAGCAAAUCAUAAAUGGAAUAUAAUGACAACUUCAGCUGAUGAAGGCCAAUUUUUGAGCAUGCUGCUGAAGCUAAUUAAUGCGAAGAACACUAUGGAAAUUGGUGUUUAUACUGGCUACUCACUUCUUGCUACUGCUCUUGCUCUCCCCGAAGACGGCAAGAUAUUGGCUAUGGACAUCAAUCGUGAAAACUACGAAUUAGGUUUACCAGUCAUUCAAAAAGCUGGCGUUGCUCACAAGAUUGACUUUAAAGAAGGACCUGCUCUUCCUGUUCUUGAUCAAUUAAUUGAAGAAGGAAAUUAUCAUGGAACAUUUGAUUUCAUCUUUGUGGAUGCUGACAAGGACAAUUACCUUAACUAUCACAAAAGAACAAUUGAGCUUGUGAAGAUCGGAGGAGUAAUCGGAUACGACAACACUCUAUGGACUGGUGCUGUGGUCGCACCAGCUGAUGCACCAUUGAAGAAGUAUGUGAGGUUUUAUUUGGAUCAUAUAUUGGAAUUCAACAAGGCCUUGGCUGCUGAUCCAAGGGUUGAGAUUUGCCAGCUUCCAAUUGGCGAUGGGAUUACUCUGUGCCGCCGCAUUAGCUGAUUAGUCCUAAACUUUUCAUUUGUCGUGUGCUGCUGUUGUAUGAUUUUACAUAUUACAGAUUGUUGAACAAUUGCUUUAAGUCUCAGGGCAGUUAUGAUUUUAAUUAGAAUAUUUAUACCUAAGCAUUUCCAAUCUAAUUUUU